GAGAAGAUGGAUUUGAUCGACCGUGAGGACGAAAAUUUCGCAAGAGAAGUUACGCUCGAGUACCUCAAUUUCAUCGAUGACAGUGCGGAACAGAAGAUUUAUGUCCAAAAAGUCGAAGAACUGAUCAAAGAGGAAGGAAAUCGUUUGAUUGUUAAUCUGAAUGAUGUACGAUCGAAGCUACCUGAACGAGCUAAUGGAUUGUUGAAGAAUUUUUCGCGCGAAAUUCUGUGCUUGCAAAAAGCGGUGAAUGAUUUCAUAUCGCGAACAGACCCAAUCUUCUCAAAAAAUCGUGACAUUUUGGUUGGUUUCGAGGGAAGUUUUGGUGAACGACACGUUAAUCCACGUACACUGAAAGCGCGAUAUUUGGGAAACAUGGUUUGCUGUGAGGGUAUCGUCACAAAAUGUUCAACAGUUCGACCGAAAUUAGUACGAAGUGUUCAUUAUUGCCCAGCUACGGGUAAAACGUUCGAACGUAAAUACACAGAUCUCACAUCUUACGAUGCAUUCCCAAGCAGCAAUUAUUAUCCAACUGAGGAUGAAAACAAAAACCCACUCGAAACUGAGUAUGGAUUGAGCACGUAUAAAGAUUACCAAACUUUCUCGAUUCAGGAGCUACCUGAGACUGCGCCACCAGGUCAAUUACCUCGGUCGGUGGACGUAAUAGCUGAAGAAGAUCUAGCAGAUUGUUGUAAACCAGGUGAUCGCAUUCGAGUUGUCGGUCUUUACAGAUGCCUUCCAAAUAAGCGUAGUGCGUUCUCGAAUGGAACUUUCAGAUCAGUGAUAAUAUCGAAUAACGUUCAGUUGAUGAGUAAAGAAUUGCAGCCAAAUUUCGAACCUGAAGAUAUUAAGAAUAUUCGGAAAAUGAGUCGCAAUAAUGAUAUUUUCAAUAUUUUGGCACGUUCAUUGGCACCUUCAAUUUGGGGUCAUGAUGAAGUGAAGAAAGCGAUUUUGUGUUUGUUGUUGGGUGGUAACGAGAAAUUACUGCAAAACGGUACUCGUCUUAGAGGUGAUAUCAACGUUUUACUUAUCGGGGAUCCAUCUGUCGCUAAAAGUCAACUUUUGAGGUAUGUGCUACACACAGCACCAAGAGCAAUAGCAACUACUGGACGUGGUUCGAGUGGAGUUGGUCUCACUGCAGCCGUUACAACUGAUUCGGAUACGGGAGAUCGAAGGCUUGAAGCUGGUGCGAUGGUUUUAGCUGAUCGAGGAAUCGUUUGUAUUGAUGAAUUUGAUAAGAUGUCUGAUAUCGAUCGCACUGCAAUUCAUGAAGUAAUGGAACAGGGUCGCGUAACCAUUGCAAAGGCUGGCAUUCAUGCUAAACUCAAUGCCAGAUGUUCGGUUCUUGCGGCUGCGAACCCCGUUUUUGGACGAUAUGAUAUCUACAAGAGUCCUAUGCAAAACAUCAAUAUGCAAGAUUCUUUGCUGUCGCGUUUUGACCUGAUAUUCGUCCUUCUUGAUGAGCACAAUAUGGACCGCGAUGGUGCUGUUGCCGAGCAUGUGGUGAAGUUGCAUCGUUAUCGGACGCCAGGAGAGGCUGACGGUACGGUGCUUCCAAUGGGUGCGGCUGUAGAGACAUUAUCGACAUUCGACUUGGAUGAGAACGAUUCUCAGGGGGGUACGGAAAUUUAUGAGAAGAAUAGGGGAUGGUGUGCCGCCAGAAAUAAUGAGAAGAUUUUGACACUUCAAUUCAUGCGUAAAUACAUUCAUAUGGCAAAAGCUGUCAAACCGCAACUGACUGAAGAGGCAACCGCUUAUAUCACUGACUGCUAUACCGAGUUGCGUUCAUUCGACACAUCGAAAACGGAUCGCGAAAGGACGAUGCCCGUAACAGCGCGUCAACUAGAGACGCUGAUUCGUGUGUCAACUGCAAUGGCUAAGGCAAGAUUAGCGAAAACGGUUCUCAGAUCAGAUGCCGAAAAAGCUUAUCAGCUACUGCAUUAUGCGUGCUUUAAAGAGAAAGCCAAAGAAAGAAUUGAAAUGGAGCAACAAAAGAAGGUUUCGAAAGGUGGAGAGCAUGAGAGCGACGAGGAGGAAGGGGAUGAGCAUAUCAACGAGACAACUGCCCAAUCAAUGGAAACUGAUUCGAGUUCUCUUCCAUCGAGACGUUCCAAACGGUACAUUUCAACACAUUUGAUGAAUGAUGCGAUUUUUCUUUUAGAAUUCCUUCUAGUGAAAUAUAUCAGCCAGAUAAUAAUAGGAAAGCGUGGUACAUUAACGGAAAGCUCACAGGCGACAAUAGACGAUGAUGCAACCAUGGAUACAACGGCGAUUAGCUCUGAACUCUCAUCCGUUCCAUCCGCUAAAAGACCGCGACAGGAGGCUCCUUCGAUUAGUGUUGAUCGCUACAAAACAUUCCGUAAAUACUUACGUAAGGCAUUCGAUGAGAGUAGCGAUCCAACGGAAAUGAUUCCUAUUGCGACGAUUCAAGAUGCUAUUCAGAAUCAGGCUGGACGUUUACCAUUCUCGCAAUCUGAAUUUGAUGCGGCCUUCGAGCAACUCUCAAGUGAGAACAUUGUUAUGGUGGUUGAUGAUCGUAUUGUGCUUAUUUAA